AUUUUUUUGAUUGCAUUAAUAAUUUUUAUCAAUGAUCAACGGACGUAUAAAAAUAUAAAAAGUGAAUAGAAAAUGAAUCGAUUAAGGCAUGAAUAGUGCAAUAAUAUUAACAUUAGAAUGGAGUUAAAUAUGAUAAUGAGUUAAAUGUUAUAAAAGCAAAUAAACUGAUAGAGCAAUGUUUAUUGUCGGCCUAACUGGAGGUCUUGCAACUGGAAAGAGCACCGUCCUCUCAAUAUUUCGCGAAAACGGUGUUGCAGUAAUAGAUGCGGAUGAAGUGGCCAGACAAGUUUUAGAACCUGGUACAAAAGCAUGGAAAGAGUUGAGAGACUACUUUGGUAAAGAGGUUUUAUAUGCUGAUGGAAGAGUCAACAGAUUGAAGUUGGGAGAACUGAUCUUCAAUGAUAUAGAGAAACGAAAAAAGCUAAAUGCGAUCACACACCCAAGAAUACAAACUGCCAUGAUGAAAAUGGCCAUCGUGUAUUUUUUCUCAGGCUACAAUUACAUUGUCAUGGAAGUGCCAUUGCUCUUCGAAACUGGAAAGAUGCUGAAUUUUAUGCACAAAAUCAUUACUGUUGUAUGUGAAGACCAUCAACAACUUGAGCGACUUUGUAAAAGAAGCGACUUCUCAGAAAAGGUUGCUAAGAAGAGAAUAAGUUGUCAGAUGCCUUUGGAGCAAAAGGUUGCCAAUUCACAUUUUGUUAUCGACAACUCUGGGGACUUUGCCAACACUAGACGACAAACAGAAAGCAUAAUAAAGGUGCUAAGGCGAUCUAAGUUCACUUGGUACUUUCGUGUAAUAUUUUUGAUUACAAUUAUGGCUUGUGGUUUCGGAGUUACCUAUUUAGUUGGAAACUUGAUCGGAAAUACAACCUGAUUUGGCAAAUAAAAGUAAUUUAUUGAUAAUCGCA